AUGACCUAUGCCAGCGAACUCUACGCUAUUAAAAAGGUUGCCCUAGAUAAGACAGAUUCCGAAACCAUGGCUGGCUAUAUGAAUGAAAUCGCAUUGCUCAAGCGUUUGGAAGGAAACUCCAGGAUUAUCCGUCUAGUUGACAGCGAGGUUAAAGCUGGGCCCGGAGGAAGCAAAGGCCAUCUAUUACUCGUCAUGGAAUGCGGGGAGAUUGACUUAGCUCGAUUGAUCAGCGAGCGGAGUCAAGAAGGUUUAGAUAUGGUUUGGAUUGCCUACUAUUGGCAGCAGAUGCUUCAGGCGGUACAGGUUAUCCACGAUGAAAAGAUUGUCCAUUCUGAUCUUAAACCGGGCAAUUUCGUGUUAGUCAAGGGACAGUUAAAGUUGAUUGACUUUGGAAUCGCGAAUGCUAUUGCCAAUGAUACUACAAACAUUCAAAGAGAUCACCAGAUUGGUACAUUGAAUUAUAUGUCUCCGGAAGCCAUCGAGCUUCCCGAUGGAAUGCGCCGACUCAAGGUUGGACGAUCCAGCGACGUGUGGUCUCUGGGAUGUAUCCUAUACCAAAUGAUCUAUGGGUCCACGCCAUUCUCCCAACUGACAAUCUAUCAGAAGAUGAAGGCAAUUCCGAAUGCCAACUUUGAAAUCCCCUACCCCGAAUACUCUGUUCCUGUCAUCCCUACCUCAAAGUCUUCCCAAGGGGAGCCCAAGCGGUUAGAACAUCUUCGACGGAUGGUGCGAUCAGAUGUGAUUGCGAACAUUAGAAGCUGUCUCGAUCGAAAUCCCAAGGACAGAAUGACUAUUCCUGAACUUCUUCAAGAGGAUUGGCUUGCCAUGAAAGAACCGCCAACACCGGAACCUACACCUACGAUCAAGGAUCUGCUGAAGCCUGACGAAGCUGUUAUCAAUCCGUUCUAUAUGGGUCAGUUGCUCCGAUAUGGCAUUCAACUGGGCUUGGCGGGCCAAUCCCUCGAAGAUCCUCAAGAUAUGGCGAAAGCAGCUGAGCGCCUUAUUAGCGAACUUCGUGCGGUGCAAGAUAAAUGA